GUUCGUCCCGUGAUGGUCUUUUGAUUGACACUCGUCUACGAGCGACCGACACCCACCCUACGGUGAAUUGACCGGAUGCGCGUACUCGGCUUCCAGCGUCGUAGUCUCUCUUCGCACGCAGAUAGCCGCACCCACAAUAAGAAGGUACGCGUCGCUAAUCGUUGCUAGUGGUGGAAGUGUCCAGCAGGUUGACAAAAGUGUUAUCGGGUUGCGACAAAAGAAGCCCAUCCAGCUCAUUUCGCUUGGCACAUGUCAUUCUCGCAUCUCUCCCCUCACACGCGAAACAUGAUCCACUCAACGCGUCUCCCUCACAUGCUGCUUCCCUAAUACGAGACCACAACAAUACCAUGCCGCGAAACCUACCAUGGCUUACCAAUCCCGCCCCAGUAACCAGCAAGUCAAGGACCUCUACAUCAACAGCAACGAUGAAACGACGUAAAAUCGACACUUCACCGCCUGCCUCUCCGAAUACCCUUGACGAAUUCAUCCGCCCGCAAAGGACAAUUGUGGUAAGAAGAAUUGCGCAACAGGCUCGCUCGCCUUCUACCUCUCCUCCGCCCGUGCCACCCAAAGAAGAGUUUAUGCGACAAGGCUGGGAUAAGGAUGAUGGUUGGCGCAUGGUGACUGAUGAGUUCAUGGCCACGGCUCAGUCUUUUACCGCACAUCUCGCACACGCCGAAUACAAACGUCAGAAAGCAUUGGCGAGGAAGAGGGAGCAGGCGCUUGGGGGCGCUGAUGCUAUUGCGCGACCUGUGGUGGGGGGUUUGAGUAAAGAAGGAAAGAGGACGAAGGAGGGGGAGCUGCACAGAGCGGCUGUCAGAGCAGUUGUAGGGGAGGGAGAGGAAGAGGAUGAGGAAGAGCCGUGGUUAGGGACACAAUUGGCGGGACUUAUGAUGAGUCCGAGGAAGAGGGGAGCUCUGCAGCCGAAAGCUGUGGUGGGGAGGAGUGCUACGAGGGCUGCUGCUGGCUUUGACAGGGCGAGACCUUUGGAUCUGAGAGGGAGACCAUUGGAAAGAGACAAGAGUCCAGAGGUGAAGAGAGAGGUCAGGAAAGAGGUGAAGAGAGAGGUCAGGAAAGACGUCAAGAUGGGAGAUGCACAAGACUCGACCGAUGAUGAUCUGGAUGCUGCUACACAAUCUAGGACUCUAUCUCGUCCACCUCGUCAACCUCGUCGAUCCGCAUCACCUACUCCCUCUCGUCCGAGCAACAGCAGACACUUUUCCCACAACCCUUCAUCAUCAAUAGCACCCUCAUCAGAGUUCUCCUCCGACAGAUCUUCACACAAGAAAUGCAAAAGCAUCGACCGCGACAUUUCUCGCCCAGCACCAAAGCGUGCUGUGAAACGCGAACCUUCACCAGCAAAGGUCAAAUUAGAGCCAGACUUUGGCUUCCAUCCCAUCCCUCAACCAUCACAGUCCGGCAUAUCAGCUGUUCAACGACGAAGAGAAGCAAGAUUGAAGCGUGAACGAGACGAAAAGACAAAGAUCAAGACGGAACCUAACGAUGACCUUGACGAAUUACCCACUUUUCUCUUCUAACUACUGCAUCACAUUCUCAUGACUUUGUCUUCUUGGACACGGCGUUAUUUGCAUUCAAAGAUACC